AAUAAAAAAGUAAAAAUCCCCCAAUCAAAUUUCACUUACAAAUCCCCAGUAUAGUAGUAAAAUUAGGGCUUAAACUUACUCCAAAAAAAUUGAAAAUUUGAUGAUGUCAGAUGUCAACAAUCAACAGCAGCAUCAUCAUCAUUUAGCUGUUACUUCAUAUGAUCCUACUACUGUAAUUCAACAAAAUGAUGUAGAAGAUGACGAAGAGGGUGAAGACGAUGACGUGGCAGGAGGUGAGGAAGAAUCAAUAGAUAAUCCAACUCAGAUGCGUUUUCAUCAUCAUCAUCAUCAUCAUCAUCAUCACCAUGGUUUACAGAAUAAUAAUAAUAAUAAUGAUGUUGUUGUACAUGUUGAUGUUGGUGUUGGUGGUGGAAUGGAUGGAAUGAGUGGUGGGCCAGGUCAUGCUUUGUAUGUGCCCGAUACCGAAAUUAUUCAGCCGAUAAAUGCGGGUGCUGGUGCUGGUGGUGGUGGUGAUCAGCUUACCUUGUCUUUUCAGGGUGAAGUUUAUGUUUUUGAUGCCGUUUCCCCCGAAAAGGUGCAAGCUGUUCUAUUACUUUUGGGUGGAUUUGAAGUACCCGGUGGAGUCCCUUCGAUCGGAAUCCCUCCCCAAAGUCAAAGGGAUUUGAGCGAGUUUCCUGCAAGAUCAAGUCAACCUCAAAGGGCUGCUUCCUUGAUUCGGUUCAGGGAGAAGAGAAAAGAAAGAUGCUUUGAUAAGAAAAUCCGCUACACUGUUCGCAAGGAAGUUGCGCUUAGAAUGCAACGUAAAAAAGGCCAGUUUACAUCAUCCAAGGCAAUAUCUGAUGAAGCAGCUGCUUCUGAUUGGAAUGGUGGUCCUGGACAGGAUGAAGAAACAACAUGUAGACACUGUGGAAUCAGCUCAAAGUCCACUCCUAUGAUGCGGCGUGGACCUUCUGGCCCAAGAACAUUGUGCAAUGCAUGUGGACUCAAGUGGGCCAAUAAGGGAGUUCUACGCGAUUUAACCAAGGUUUCAGCACCCGGAGUUCAGGAUCCUACUGGAAAAGCUAUUGAGCAGAGUGACGGUGAAGCAAACAACUCAGAUACUGCAAAUGUGAAUCCUCUUAUGAUCAGUAAUGGAGACAGCUCUGCUUAAUGUGGAAGUAAAAGAUGUAAAAUAAGAGAGGAUGCUAUAAGUUUAAUCAUCACAACAAAGAUCUGUAGGCAUAGUAUGUUUUGUUACAGGUACAUGAGACUGUAUCAUAGUUGUUGCUAGAUGUAGGUUUUGAAGCAUGACUCGGUUGCAUCUCUCAUACUCCAUUUUAUUACAACAUUAAAUGCAUUCGAGUCGGUUGCUUUCUCUA